GGCAAGUUUACCUGUGAGUACACUGCUUGCGCAGCCUUAACACAAACUGCGGUUUAAUAAUAUUGGUAAAAUUGGUCUUCUGCUAUAAGAAAUCUUUAAUGUUCCCGACCAAGUCUUGGUCAAAUGAAUGUCGUUAAAGGUGGUGUCAUCACAACUGGUGCAUUAUGGGUCAUUGGAGGCCUGUAUCUGUCCUGAGAGGUCACCUGUCUCGACAUCCUCCUGUUGUUGUGUUUUUCUUGUGCUUGCUGAUUCUGUCCAUAACUUUUGUUUGUAUUGGGCUUUACUCUCAGUAUCACGAUAUAAAGAACCCAGAUAUAAGUUUAGGCUGGAACCAGGUUUUGGGUUCUAUUGCGGGUUUCCAAUUCUGCACACAUUUGAACGAUACAGAUGCACAUCUGGAGGAAGACUCCCCUCGUAUGGUGGAACAUGCACACAGAAUUACAACAAAUGUUUCCAUGAGCACUUCUCAUGUUUCUGUCCUGGUACCUCUGGUGCUGAUGGGAAACGUCCCAGCUGACAGCGUUGUCAGUGCUACAAUGUUGGGCAGCCAGCUGGGUGUAAAAGGAGCUCCAGCAAAAACAUCUGUGAAUGUUUCAUUUCACCUGCACCCUGAUGUUCCUAACAACCAGACUCUUGGUGGGACACAUACUGGACCAUCCUUGAUCUGUCUGCAGCUCACUGCCCUGACCCACGUUCUUCCUCAGACUCCGUCACCCCCAGAAUGCUCAUUGACGAAGAAUGUAGAUGAGACCACAUCACUUGUCAGAGCAGUUGCCAUAGAAACGUACGAGCAUGAUUCACCACACUGCUUUAGUCUGGGGUUCACAGCAGAUCCACACCUGACGGUCUUGCUCACGCAGGAGGAAAAAGCCAUAUGUAGGUAUCAUCUGCUGUUGGUCAGUGUUUCACUGCUGGUCAUCUGUGUCCUGAUGACUCUCUGUGGAACAUGUUCAUCAAAAUCUCAUUCUUACCAGGCGAAUGAUCUCCAAAAGGUAGUUAUUUUGGGCUCUGUAAACCUUACAAAUACACAAAGUAGACCUUUGUCAUCUUUUAUAUUCAACGCACACUUUAAUUUGAGUUGUUCUUGUAGUUUGUGAAAAUGUUAUGUUAAAUAUAUAUUCAAUUCAUAGGAAUCACUGCUGAGCCCAUGAAGAACGGGAACAUAUGAAGACCUGGUGCUUUUAUUAAAAAGGCAACAUCUGGACAUUCAGAUUUCAUUUUCCCAUUCCCGCAACCAACCGGUGUCCACGUACAUAUUCAUUUCAUGAAUAGUCGAAGCAUUGUGUAACAGUGUUUGAGGGUUAAAUUCCACAAAGACAUAACCAGGAAUUGACAGUUGUCAUUAAACUUUACUCUAAGAGUAAGAUGGAAGAUUAUGGUUAAAAAUGUAUAUUGCUAAUGCCAUAAAAUAAGGAUUGUUGAAAUUCAUCUUAUAUAAUUGUCGUGCCUUUUUGAAAUGGAAAAAAUAAAGGGUGUUUGACCAUGA